AUGUGGCCACAAAUCUGGUGGAAGCUUUUCCUCGUAUUCUGCAUGAUUGUGUGUUCGACGGUGGAAGCGCUCGCUGCCAAUGAAAGCAGUAUCUUUGGCGUAAGCAAGUCUGUCGACAACAAUGGCACCAGACUGCACUACAUAGUCUAUGGAUCAGGAGAACCUCUUGUAUUCCAGCACGGCUUCCCUGACAGAGAAUCAACUUGGAACACUUACCAGAUUAAUGAGUUCGCUCAACGAUAUAAAGUGAUUACGCCGACACUCCGUGGAUAUCCACCAAGCGACGUGCCCUCUGGACACUCCAACUACAGCUCUCACUCGUUCGUCUCGGACCUUGCGUCGAUACUGGAUAACGAAAGCAUCGACCGUGCUAUCCUCAUUGGCCAUGAUGUGGGCGGGGUUGUGACGCAAAUGUUUGCCUACACGUUCCCAGAAAGAGUCACAGCGUUGGUCAUGACAAAUACUCCCUUCAUCCCGACCUUCAUUCCUCUGGUCGAGUUUGAUGCCGAGCAGCAGAAGAUGUCGCAUUACACCCUCAAGUACUUUGACUAUGUUGAGGGUCAACCCAAGAACAUAUCAACCAUUGUCGAGAACAUAUGGAACGAUACUUAUCGGCAGGAGAUUACUGAUUACUUGCAAAACUCACCGCUAGCGGGCAUGCUGAGCUUCUACAACGAGAAUUACCCAGCACCACCAUAUGGUCAACAAGUCAAUCUCGAUGGACUGAUUCAGAGUGUCCCGUCGUGCAUCAUCUGGGGAGAGGAGGACCCGUACUUCUCGCCACGAACCUUGGAUGGCCUCGAGAGCUGGUUUUCAGACGGUGUCAGACUUGUAACUAUUCCGCACGCAGGUCAUUGGUCUUUUCGAGAUCAGCCAACGCGUUGGAAUGCCGAGCUCGACUCGUUCCUAGGAUUUCUAGAAGCGUACACGUUUCCGGUGACCUUGGGGCCGGUCGGCAAAUGA